AUGGAUCGGAAGAAGGCAGUGGAGGGAGCAAACAACUCCAAUGUUGGAGCAUGUUUGAUUGAGGAAGAUAUGAAUCCGGUGGGUCCGAAACUGGGAACGUCGGAUCUCAAUUCAAGCAAAUUUGGAAAUGGUUUUCGUCGAAGACAACAAGAAGUAAUACAACAAGAUAAGGAACGAAAAGAAAACGAAGCCGUGUUGCAGCAGAGAAAGGAAAACCGAAGAGAGUAUAGAAAGGCUUUUCUCGAGCAAACAAAAUUUCAAACCAAAGUCAACAUCAUCACUGGAGAUAAUUUACCUGACGACACUCCGAAAUAUUCGAAAAAAGUUUUCGACCAUCAUAACCGAGACGAAAUAACAAAACCUUACGUUGAAAAGAGAAAUCCCAUUAAGGAAAAUAUAAUAGCCAACGAUGGUCUCCGAAAACCGAAAGAAUAUAGCGUGAAACAAUACUUUCAAGAUUAUUCCUCCUAUGAAACGAAUAAGCGUAUGUGA